AUGAAGACGUUGGUGCUCCUGGUGACGAUGUCUUCGGUGGUUUUCAGCCCCGGCUUUGCCCUCAGCUCCCAUUUCAGCUCAGAGGCACACUCUCAUUAUACGGACACAAAAGCACGACACGGUUUGUUUGAAAGCCCAGUGGACUUCCCUUUCUCCGGGCUAUCGAGACACUACCGGGUCCGGGUGCUGGAGGACACGAGCAUGGAGCUUAUUGAGCAGUUUAUUUUCCCCAUAUGUCAGUGUGGGUGUCGGGAUGUUUUUACUUUCAUUCAGCUACAAUGUGACAACGCUCACUUUCUACCUUGUGCUGUGAUCUCAUGCUCUUCCUCUCCUCCUCUUCUCUUCAGUGCCCUCCAGCACCCGGCUCUGCUGCAGUGUUUGGCCCAGUGCACCGAGAUCACUCCCUACCUGCUGGUGAUGGAGUUUUGUCCACUGGGGGAUGUGAAGGGUUACCUCCGAAGCUGCAGGUCCUCAGAAUCCAUGACCCCAGAGCCCUUGAUUCUUCAACGGAUGGCCUGUGACAUCGCCUCGGGACUCUUGCACAUGCACAAACACAAUUUCACGCACGGUGACCUGGCUUUGAGGAACUGCUUGCUGACUGCUGAUGUCUCAGUGAAGAUUGGAGAUUAUGGUCUGGCCCAGAACAAGUACAAGGAUGAUUACUACCUGACUUCAGAUCAGAUGUGCGUGCCGCUGCGCUGGAUUGCUCCAGAGCUGGUGGAUGAGGUGCACGGAAACCUGCUGGUGGCUGACCAGACCCAACACAGCAACAUGUGGUCUCUGGGCGUGACGAUCUGGGAGCUGUUUGAGCUGGGCAACCAGCCCUACAGACACUACUCUGACAGACAAGUACUGACCUACGCUGUGAGGGAGCAGCAGCUGCGACUGCCCAAACCGCUGCUCAAAGUGCCGCUGGCUGAGCGCUGGUAUGAGGUGAUGCAGUUCUGCUGGCUCCAGCCUGAGCAGAGACCCAAUGCAGAGGAAGUCCACUUGCUGCUCAGCUACCUGUGUGCCAAGGGGGCCAGCGAGGUCGAAGAGGACUUUGAGAGGCGAUGGCAAUCCCUGCGUCCCAAUACUGUAUUCAACAUCCACCGUGGUGCCUCAGCAAUGUCCCGAGACCACCCCUCAUCAACCUCCUCCUCUUUUCCCCUCCUUGAGCAAUUUCCGGCUGGUGAUGGCUACCACUCGGAGUCCGGAGAUGAUAUACUUACGGUCACAGAGACCAGCCAUGGCCUGAACUUUGAGUACAAGUGGGAGCAAGCCAGAGCAGACCAGUCGUACAGAGCCCCGGACUCAUCUAGUACCCUGGAUCAGGUCAACCAUCAUCACCAGGAAGCGUUUUACCCACCUGGAGGCAUCGUGGGAGGCUGCCCCAUGGAGAGUCUCAGCCACAGACUUUCUCCUUCUUACUACCAAUCAAAACAUCUACACGCUCCAGGCAUACUUCCUGUCCUCAGUGCCCACAGCCCCUCAGUAAGCAGUGAAUACUACAUCCGCAUCGAAGAGCCAGUAGACUGUAACAUCGAUCUGGACUACACCAUGUGCUCCUACAGCCCAGACUACCAAGGCAGCAACGGGAGCUUUCUGACAGGGAGCGCCGACUCAGGCGAGUGCAUGGCCUGCCCGUCACAGACCAAGAACACGGGUCCUUUUUGGUCAGCAGACAUCCAUAAGUCAGAUAUGUAUGACUCGAACGACUCAAGUCCUGCUAUCUCCCUAACAAUGGAGCCCCUUUUAGGGCAAGUGUUGGACAAUAGCCCACUGCGACCCUGGGAGUCUAGUCACUACGUGUCCUAUAAAGACAGAGACGGGGGUUACUACUAUGAGCACUCGCCCCCUUUGGGAAUAGAUCACUAUCUGAUUGGACGUGACUCCUCCAGUGAGCGUCAUCAGGAGAGCUGGGGGUCAAGGAGCCUGCGUCAGGCCUUGGGUGAGUUGGAUAACCCGCUAGGCAUAACCCCCGCCGUCAACAGUACACCUCAACAGGCCUACAGGGACGCAUACAUGGACGCAAGUCAGACCUCCAUCAUAGGAAAGAACGUGACGGGGGGCUACUACGACAUGAUGGGCUCCCUGAGGAAGACCAUGCCCGGCCACACCAGGCAGAACAGCCACUCUGUCAGCAUUAACAUGGAGACAGAGGGGGCGCUCUUCAUUGGGCACAGGGACAGCGAUACAGAGGAGGAGGAAGAAGAGGACAUAUUUGUUGAGAGACACACCUGCAACACUUGGCCUUCAAAACAUCGCCACAGCAGCGUGGGUCACCACAGCAGCGUGGGUCACCACAGACGCGCUAGCCACAGCUGCAGACAGGAUGCCUACGUGGAUUUCCACUACACAAUGCCAAGUACAGACAUUGAAGACUCCUGGCCGGAGGAGCAUAGCCUGGCCUUCCACUCUCUCCCCAAACCCGUUGACUAUCUCGAGCCCCACCAGGCCAAAGACAACAGUGCAUGCCUUAGUCUGAGUAAACAUCAUGCAAUGGUGCCCUCAGACAACUGCAAUGCCUACAUCUACCUGUGCCAUGAGGGCGAGACUCAGGUGCCGGCAUCUGGAGAUUGCUGCCACUCGCACUUUGUUGACCCGCUCACAGGCUUGCUAGUCAGAAACAACAGCUACAGUCACAGCUACAGUCACAGCAGCUACAUCAGCGAUAAGGCCAUUGACACCUCAAGCAAUGACGAGAUGAUCAAUCUAUCACCGGCUCCAGGGGGUCCCAUUGUGGCCAAACCUUCUUUGAUAAAGACCGAAGACAGUAGAGAGCAAUAUGUUGACCUUACAACUGAUAAAGCUCUCUUCAAAGAGAAGCGGGAGGAUGUAAUUAAAGAAAAUCUAAUCAUGCAAAAGCCGGCAGAGCCUCAAAUAGAAGAGGUGACCCUGACAAUGACUGCAACCACUCCGCCUCCUGAUGACAACAUGCACGUGAUGGUGGCCCUCACAGAUCCGCAGUCUGAGUUGAGUCACACCGGCGACAGCGGUGUCGACCGAGAGGGCUCCAGCGUCAGCCUCACCGAUAUCCUCGACUGCAGUGACGACGACGACAUCACAGAUGACAUCACCGACGUCACCUCAGGCAUCUUUGCAGACGAGUCCAGCGAGCUGAACGCCUCUCCUGCCUUCAAGUCGCCCCAGAAGCACGUAGGAACUCCUGAUUCCAUGGAUUCCAUGGAUCUGCCCUCUGCAGCUGGGUCUUGUGAAGGCUUCAGCCCCGCGUCCUCCCACCCUUCCAGCUCACCUAAAGCUAUGGACAGUGGAUACGACACAGAAAAUAAUGAGAGCCCCGAGUUUGUCCCCAAAGAGCCUCAUGAACCCCGUGAACAACCUCUGGGAAAUCCUACCCUUCAUGCGAGCCUGGAGGAGGACAAAGAGCUGGAGGAGCAGGAAGUGGAGGAUGAAGUAGAGCGAGAGGCUGAAGAUUUGGCCUUGGGAGCCUCACAGACCAGCGACCACAGUCUUCUACCACUGAGCGAUAAGACUCCAUACAGAGACUCUGCCUACUUUUCAGACUAUGAGAAUGAAAGGCAGUCCAGGGAUGAAGGGGACGAACUGUCAGAGAGACUGAGAGAUGAAGAAAAUGUUGAAAAGGAACAACGCAUGGGACAAAGGAAGGGCGAGAAAAGGAAGAAUGAGGAGGAGGAAGAGCUAAAUGACACCGUAGUGAACAAAGACAUGAAACUUGACAUGAAACACGUAUCAACAGGACGAACAGAAUCCUCAUCUCCAGUAGAGAUGGAUGCAUAUUUGACUGAAGAGUGUGACCAGGAUGAGGUACUGGGGCUACAUGUGGAGCCCUCUGACACCACUUCAAUAACAGAGGGCGGGCUGGAUGAUUGGCCAUCUCAGGAAGAGAGCUCUUCCCUAGGAGACUGGGCGGCAGAGGUGGUGGGGGCCAUGGAAGAAGCCCUUGGUGCCCUGAAUGGAGAUUGUACCUCCAACGUCAAGGUAGAGGAGGAGGAGGAGGACGCAGAAGACUCUGUUCAGUAUUUAGAAACAACAGAAGAGCCAGAGAUCAAGAUGAUUCAAAACAGACCUUCGGGGAUAUCCGGUGAAAUCCUGCACACUUUACCCAAAGAUGAGGUGGCCUUGCAGCACACGGCAAGCACCAGGCGGUUUUCUUCGUCCUCUCCUCCCCCUCCUUCCACCCCUCCCCCUUCGCUGAUUGCAACGGAUGGCCGAGGGUCUCCGGCCAACGGGGAAGAGGCGGACGAGGAGGACGGCGACAGCGAUGACAGCGACGAGUCGGAUGAGGAGCUGCGAAUCUACAGCGUGCAGGAGCAGAGCGGCGGGGAGGAGAGCGAUGACGAGUGCUACCCGGUGCCCAUCGUGGUGAGUGACAGCAGCGAAGACCACAACCUGCGCAGCCUCCUUAAGAUGCCGACCCUGCUUACAGCGGAGAACCUGGAGGAGGAGCUCGAAUGCAAGAAGAAGACGGUGUCUUUUUUUGACGAUGUCACCGUCUACCUGUUCGAUCAGGAAAGCCCAACUAAAGAGCUGGCUGAGCAUGGCUUCCCUCUCGGAGCGGAGGGUCAGAGUUCACGCACCAAAUCCCAAGAACGGCUCAAUGCCUCAGAUGACUCUUCAGAUGGGAACAUCUCAGAGGAGAGUGCAGGAUAUGAGUGGGAGGACGACUUCCCCCUGCUCCCUCUGCCAACAUCCUCAGUGGCAUCUGACUCCCCUCCCCCCCGCUUUAUCCCCAAAGCUCCGGACCCCAAACCAGUCGCACAGUUCUCCCGCUUCACUGUCUCCCCCUCCAGCGUGUCUCGUUUCUCCAUCACUCACAUCUCCGACUCUGACAUGGACUCCGCAGGAGGAAGCAGUGAGGAUGGGGACAAAGAAUAACGAGCUGUGGAUACUUACUGCCUCUCCAUGACGAACACUUGGCCUGCUAGCAUGACUUCUACUUUAUCUUUUAACGUCAGGUUUUAGAAACACAGGACAGUGCCUCUUAUCGCCCGUCGACACUUUUGAAAGGUCUGUCUUACUGACCUGAGCUGUUUAGAGUACUGAAAAGAGAAUAAUUAAUAUAUACACUUUACAGAAUAUUAUUAUAUACUGUAUGUAUGAUGUACAUAAUCUAUGAAAGCGGGGGGAACUUUGAAUUGUGCAUAUUUUUCAGAUCAAAGAGACACAAUGGAAGGACAGACCUUUGAAAAACAUCUCAUUUUCCACCUCUUUCACCUCUUAAUGUAUGAUGGGAAGCAUUCCUGAGAGAGUGGAACCACCUGGACCAAGAGUAAACUGUUGUGAGUUAAAGACGUCACCUUUUCAUCAGAGGAUCGGCUCUUUGAAGGAGCCUGCACAGCUCCACAGACUUUGUACUUCUUAGGAAACUGCUUAACUUGUCUUAAUAACUAUCAAUGAGAAUCCUUUAGGUAUCACAAGUAAUAUAUUGUUAAUAUUUGGCUUCAUCCAGAGAUAAAGGACAUGCGAGCGUGAAAGAAGGAAAGGGAAUUCCGAUGGGUCACGUUUGGUUACAGAAUGUUUUGUUUGUGUGGAAACAGCUGAUUGAACCUGGACAAUGUGAUAUUUUGUGACUCUUUCUUUUGUACCAGGACCACUACUGUACUGUUUUACAUAAAUAAGUGGCUCAUUCUCUCUACCAAAUUGAGUGCCAGCACCGCCAUCACAACCAAUCCCUCUUUGUUGUAAACAUCCGGCACAACAUUGUCACUAUAGUGACAGGAAGUCCUGUCAGAUUUAACGCUUGUUAAAGGCUGAACAGGUUUUUCAAUUGAAGCAAUGCAUGGUUUCAAGUAUCUAUAGGAAUGUAUUGCUUAGAGACAUAAAGGGACAGUUGUUUGUUGUUUUGGAGCAGAGACAGGGAAAUCCCUCCCAUGUCUGGACCGCUACAUAAAGACACUAGUUCUCUAAUAACGACAUGGGCCGAUACGGGUGGGCAAUGUGGAUGCAGUCUUCAUCACAAUAUAUGUAAUAUUGUAUCCUGAUAGUGGGAUACAUCAUUAUCAAAUAACACCUGGCAAAUCACGGUUCGUCAUCACAUUGAUGCACAGAUCCAGUAAAUCCAAUAUGGCCGGAAUGCAGUAAUACUCACAUUCAUUUGCAACAAUAUUCACAAAGGCCUAAUACUAGCAGAGGUAUUAGAGGGAUCGAUACCCUGCUGUAGUUAUGCUCAUUAUAUAUCAUCAUAUUGCCCAACCCUAUCGGCCAAUGUUUCAAAAGACAAACAUGCAACAGUAUUUAAAAGGCUGUUGAGUUAUAUUUUUGCCUGCUCAUGAGUCUGAACAUACAUCCAGUGUUCCUCAGCUUCUGCUCAGCCUGCCGUGUUAUGUUUGUGAGAGAAAUGAGAACAGCUGUCUGGCUUUACUGUUACUGUCACUCGCUGUAUAUUGGCUACUGA